AUGGUUGAGCUGAUGGCCACCAUGGUGGUCGGGCCACUGGUGUCCAUGGUGAAGGACAAGGCCUCCAGCUACCUCCUGGACCAGUACGACGUCAUGGAGGGCAUGGAGGAGCAGCAUGAGACCCUCAAACGCAAGCUGCCGGCCAUCCUGGACGUCAUCGCCGACGCCGAGGAGCAGGCGGCAGCCCACAGAGAAGGGGCCAAAGCUUGGCUCGAGGCGCUCCGGAGGGUGGCCUACCAAGCGAACGAUCCUCUCACAACAAAUCAGCAUCAGCCGGGAGAAACCAACCAGCGAGCAGGCUCUUUGAUGAGUUCAAGUAUGAGGCAAUCCGCCGUGAAGCCAAGAAGAAGGGACACUACAAGAAGCUUGGGUUUGAUGUGA